AUGGCUUCAGCUCCGAUGCAGCCCACUUGGCCGCCUACCAAGGUCCCGGUCGAAAUCUUCGAUGAGAUCACCACAUACCUUUCUCGGUCGGACGUUAAGAACCUCCGCCUGGUCAAUCAUGAGUUUGAUCGAAUGGUCUCGGCGAAAUAUUUCCGUAACGUCGUGGUUCCAUUCCGCUCGGAGAUGUACCAGGCCAUGAAGCAGAAGGUGUCUCUAGAGGAUGACGACAAUGUGCAGGCGCAGUCGGGUAAAGAUACGCUCUUCUCGAGUGGUAUGCGCAUAUUCCAGUCCUUUGGCGACCACAUCCUGCGCUUCGCUCUAUCCCUCGAAAUCGACGAGGAGAGCCUCGCCUACCCACCCAUUAAACCGACCCAGAAGGCCAUCACCUCGUACUGGGGCAUCUACCGAUGGCCACAUGAGUCGUACCUGCGAUACACAGAACUUGAGGGACUGGAGCAGACUGCCGACGAGACGGCUUCUAUGAAGGAGGCUCUUAGAUGCCUGGCUCAAGUGCAGGAACUGGGACUCUGUUGCGACGCAGGAUUGGGCUACCUCUUGGGCCCCGACCAGCAGUUGGAGAGCCCGCCCUUGCCGCACCCCGUCUUUGGCCUCCGCAACCUGCGAUACCGAACGCUGCAGCGACGCCUGGCCCGAGCUGACUCGGACGCCAUGAACGCUCGUAAGCUCGCUUUUGAAAGUCCCCGAGACUUCAAGUACACUGUCCUCGAGUCGAUGGUGAGGAACGCCGGAUACACGCAGGACCAGUCCAAGGAUGCCAUCGCGAUGCUCUUGAGCACUGAGAACGUCUCGUUAACGAAUAUUGACUUUGAUGAGCGUACCGCCGCGGCGGCUGCCGCUCUGGCCAAUCCUGAAAGCCAGGGUACCAACCGUGUCAUCCCGCAGCACGUCAAUGCUGCCCCCGACCAGGACCACGAUGACAACUUCGCGCGGACUGUGGUAGCGGCGCUCAAUGACUCAGCCGCGGGCCAUCCCCUGCAACCCAGGAACCUGACCAGAGGGCAAAAGGAGAUGCUAUUGGAGUUGGAGUGGGCUCAUCGAGCUCUCAUCCAGUCAUAUGUGAUCGCGCUCAUUGACAACGCUCGGCUAAACAGCUUCAACUCGCUGACGACGCUAACAAUUGCCAAGAUACCAAGCAGCCACAUCUUCAUGUUCCAGAGACCAGAUUUUUGGCGGAGCUUGCCCAACUUGACCAACGUUGCUCUAGCCGUUGUCGCCGACUGGCGUCAGGUAGCCAAAGUGGCGCCCGGCUGCGUCGAGGAUAGCUUCGUCUCUCCCGUGGAUUCAGUUGCCAAGGUUCACCGCUUGCUACAGGACCACAUCGCAAAGCAAGAGAACAUCAAGUUCCUUCAUUUCGAGUGGAUCUGUGGCGGCGAGUUCGCACCCGGCAUGACUCAGCGCAAUCUGUAUGUGCUUCCGGUUCCCAUUUGCUCGCCGGAGCAGAUGGUGCACCCCGAAACCGCCAAGUCGACAGGCGUCUUACUCUCGCUGCCGCACGUCAAGCAUUUGUCGUUGAAGAACUGCUAUGCUACUCCCCACGUCUUUCUCCAGGCCCUCCGGACGAUGGCACAACAGUCUCUGCAAAAGCUCGAGCUGGAAAGCGUAUCUCUCACAGGCUCGCCCACACGAGACCAAGGGCACGUGAAUGCUAUGUUCCACCCGCAUGUCCAUAUUGUUGGGGCACCCAUUCAAGUACCGGUGCAGGCUCCGGGCCAAGCGCAGGCCCAAGGCCAGGCGCAAGUUGCGCAACAGGCAGCUCAACAGCAGCCGCCGCCAUUGCCACCUGCCCCUCUUCAACCGCAAGACAACCUGCCCCCGGCUUUGGGUUUCGGCCAAGCGGGUGCGGUGGUGCUACCGCCGGUUCAAGCUCCCACGGGCAUCGUAGGUGCUGGACUGAUCCAGGCUCCUCCUCCGUUACCGCCGGCGAACCAAGUUCCACCUCCACCGCCGGACCCGACGCCUAACUGGAGCAGGAUGCGGCUUAGGCAACCGAAGCUAUUGUCAUGGGCCGGCAUCCUUGAACGCCUUUCGCCAGCGCCUUCAAUCCAGGAGUUGCUUGCAAGUCAAGGAGAUGAACUAGACGGAGACGAUUGGGUGGGUGACUUCGUGCAGCGAGACGAGGGUUUCUCGUUCAUUCCCCGUCCGCAUGCUCUCAUCAGUGAGAAGGCUUCCUUCGUGAUUGAGCACCUAUCGUUCAAGUCGUGCGGCUACGUGCUUGUGGAUGUGUCUUCUAUCGACAACACCAGUAUCCUGGGGGCUCACUCUCCGAGACAGGCGCCACAGGACGUUAUGGCGCGGCGCCGAGAGCUGGCGCCUUUCAUGCAGGUGUGCACCGAUAGAUUGGCAGCCAAGAUCACCAACCACAUGACAAGCCAGGAGCACUUCAACCUGACCACUGCAUUUGGCGUGGAUACGGAGUGGACCAACGUGUACGACGAAGCGGUCACUGAUGCCGCAAAGACGGACGGCAUCAUGCAUCCCGGCCGGGGACGCUUCAGUGGAGCAAUCACCAAGACGGCACAGCAGGGAUGA